ACAAAUUGAAAACAUAACAAGCCACAGAUUUAAACAAAACUAAAAUCUGUAUAUAUACACAAUUUGUAAAUAAAGUAUGCAAAAGACAAGCGUAGAGGUUAAGACGCAUGUUGUCCCGAUUGCGUCAAAGCCUACUAGGGACGUGGAUGACGGUGGCGGUGGCAGCGCUAGCAGUGGCGGAAGUGUAAAUCGUAUCAUUGUAAACGCAGCGCUUGCUCCGACUGAGACACGCAUACGAAUCAAUAAAUGGCGCGUACGCGAAGGGCAAAAUGUUUCGGCGGCACAAAUUUUGUUUUUAUAUCAGCAGCUAGGUGAGGAUGGCAAGCCCAUUAAAAAGGGCGAUUCGACGUUUUUGAAAUACAAAUCAAAUCGUGCCGGAGUGGUCAAAAAGCGGCUUCGCAAGGAAGGCGAAAUAGUGAUAAAAGGAGAUGCGCUGUUGGAGUUAUCCGAAUGCAUACACACAACCGUUAUUAAGGAUAUGUGCGCAGACUGCGGCGCAGACUUAAGGCAGAACGACAAUGGCCAAACAUCUGAGGCCUCCGUUCCAAUGGUGCACACAAUGCCCGAUUUGAAAGUAACCCAGAAACUAGCUCAAAAGCUUGGGCAUGAUGACACACGACGCUUGCUCACCGAUCGCAAGCUGGUGCUGCUGGUGGAUCUCGAUCAGACAGUGAUACACACAACCAAUGACACAGUGCCAGAUAAUAUAAAGGGCAUCUAUCACUUUCAAUUGUACGGCCCACAGUCGCCGUGGUAUCACACUCGCCUGAGGCCGGGCACAGCGGAGUUCCUGGAGAAAAUGUCAAAGCUUUAUGAGCUGCACAUUUGCACCUUUGGUGCUCGUAAUUAUGCACAUAUGAUUGCUCAGCUGCUUGAUCCUGAUGGAAAGUUCUUCUCCCAUCGUAUUUUGUCGCGCGAUGAGUGCUUCAAUGCCACAAGCAAAACGGAUAAUCUCAAAGCGCUGUUUCCCAAUGGCGAUUCCAUGGUCUGCAUUAUAGAUGAUCGUGAGGAUGUUUGGAAUAUGGCAUCCAAUUUGAUACAAGUGAAACCCUAUCAUUUCUUUCAACAUACCGGAGAUAUAAAUGCGCCGCCUGGGCUAUCCAAGCACGAGUUAGAUGGCGAAGGCGUCGACUUCAAGGAAAUUGAUAAAAUUGCCGAAAAGAAAGCAGAAGUCUCAAAUAAGCCAUCGGACAAAGAGCAGGAGCCAAAAACUGAAGAUACGAAGGAUAAGGACGACAACACCGUCUCCAGCACAAGCAAGGAUGAAGAGGGCAACGAGGAGGACUCCUCUGUGGACAUAUUUGAUCUAGGCAGCGACACAAAAGAUGCGAUGGAUACUAAAGAGCCCGCUGUGAAUAAUAGCUGUGAAAAAUUGAAUGGCAAGGCAACCACAACAGCCGAAGAGACUCUGAAUGUAGAUGAGAACUCAUCCGGUUUGCCAGAAACUGAAGCUCAGAGCAGCGGCAACAAAGGCAGCGAUAGCGAUGAGAUUAAUGUCAUUGAUGAAGUACCCAUGGACAGCUCAAAAGCUGAAAAACUGCCGCCCAAGAGGGAGGAUGACGAGAGCAUCGCGUCGUCAACUAGCGGCGAUGAGAAACAAGUGGCGGAAGCUGACGAAGAGGCAGCUAAAGCUACCACCGAUAAUGUGGCCACAACUUCGCAGAUGAAAAUUACAACUGAUGGACAGAAACAAAUUGAAAUUGAGGAUCCCGAUGACUAUUUACUGUAUCUGGAGGUCAUAUUGAGGAACAUACACAAGCGUUUCUAUGCCAUAUAUGAUGAGACCACUGAGAUACCCGAUCUGAAGAUCAUUGUGCCGAAAAUACGUUGUGAAGUGCUGCGCGGUCAAGUUCUAGUCUUUUCCGGAUUGGUGCCGACCCAGAUGAAGUUGGAGCAAUCGCGUGCCUAUUUUAUAGCUAAAAGCUUGGGAGCCGAGGUCCAGUCAAACAUCAGCAAGGAUGUAACACAUCUGGUGGCCGUCAAUGCCGGCACCUAUAAAGUGAAUGCGGCCAAGAAGGAGCCGAACAUUAAGGUAGUUAAUGCCAAUUGGUUGUGGGCCUGUGCCGAACGCUGGGAGCAUGUUGAUGAGCGCCUCUUUCCGCUCGAUCGCAAGGUGCGCAAUAAGGGCCGACAACCGCCUGCUCAUUGCCACAGUCCCGAGCAUGUAGUGAACUAUAAUGAGAGAUCGGAGAUAUCGCCGUCGAGCAGCAUGCAGCAAGAGCAAGGUGGAAAUUUCCGUGAAACACUUAAUCCGCUGCUGGUGUUCACCAAUGCGGACAUCGAGUCCAUGAACAAGGACUACGAGACAUUCUUCGAGUCGGAUUCCUCCAGCGACGAGGGCCCUGUCAACUUUGAAAAUCCGCCCAUGGACAAAAAGUUGUUGAAGCGUAAGCGCGAGGAUGAAACUUCAAAUCGUGCUCAUGAUUUCUUUACUCGCUCCGAGGAUGUGAUGUUGGGUACGGCCACCGGAGUAGUCGAAUUCGAUAAGAAUUCCUCCAAUGACGAGGACGAGCCUGAGGAUGAGGAAAAGGAGGAAGAAGAAGACGAUGAUGAAGUGCCAAGUGCUAAAUUUCGACGUGGCGAGGAAUUGCCAUCGGAUUUGGAAAUGGGCUCGGAUUCCAACAGCGAAAACAACCAGGAAGAUGACGGUGAUGAUGGCGAAUGGAAUAUGAUGGGCGCCGCAUUGGAGCGUGAAUUUCUUGGACUAGAAGAUUAGCCAUAUCAAUCCGAACUGGACAUCGAGCAGAAAACCAAUUGCGGUGCACUCAAAACCAAAAGUCGAGCACAGCGAAUAGCAUUUGGAAGACUUGGAAGUAGCUGGCGAUAAUAAUGUUCAAUGCACUUUUGACAUUUGUACAUGUACCUACUCUU